AUGCCAUCGCCAGUCGGAUCGACGCCUUGGACGCCCUACCGUGGACGUGCCGCCACAUUCGCGUACGUGUUCAUCUCCUGGCUCCCUCUCCCUUCUUAUGCAUUUCGAAUUUCAGGAUUGAGCAUUUGUCUGCUUAAUUUGAUUUCAGGAACUAGCCGGAUUGUGGAGUGCUGUGGUUUUCUCAGUUUGAGUUUGCUGUCUGAUGGGUUUGUCGGUGCCAGUGUUGCAGAGAUUGUGGCGGCGACGUCCAUUGCGAGGCCACGGGCGGAUGUCACCUAUUGCAUCCAUGCGCUUGCCCGGCGACUCGCCAAAACCAGGAACUGGAUUGAAAAACAUGAAUGCUUCAGGGUCUUGAAGUGUGACAUUGAAGCUAAGCGUUUAUCAAAGCAAGGUCAAGGACCUGAAAAGGCAGAAGGAGCUGCAAAUAACAAUUAUCUGGUGCAAUAUGCUCUAGCUCAGGUUCUUAAAGAAAGCUUCAAAAUUUAUUGUGCAAUAAAUGAUGGAAUUAUCAACCUUGUUGACAAUUUCUUUGAGAUGCCAAAGCAUGAAGCACUAAAAGCCCUUCACAUUUACAGGAGGGCUGGCCAGCAGGCUGGAAACCUGUCUGGCUUCUAUGAAAGUUGUCGGGGUUUAGACCUCGCAAGAAAUUUCCAGUUUCCCACUUUGAGGGAGAGUAUGACCAGAUACUCAGAUUUGAUUUAUCUUAUUUUCAGCCACCCUCCAUGUAUGAUGCCAGUUAUAGAACCACUGGAGCUUCCUGAGCGGCUUAUUCUGACAUACAAACCAGCAGCAGCAGCAGCAGAAGAAGAAGAAGAAGAAGUUCGAGAGCAUGUUCCUAUUGUAGAGGAGAAACGGCAAGUUGUUGAAGAACCUGCUCCAGUGCCUUCUUCCCAAAUAGCUUCGCCUCCCAAGCCUAAUAUUGCAGAUACUGGCGAUUUACUGGUAAGUGAUUCAACCCCUACUGUGUCGGCAAUAGAGGAGAGCAGCGCUUUGGCCUUGGCGAUUCUUCCUACAGGUGUCGAUAAUUCAACAGCAACUACACAGCAAAAUAGAGGAUUUGAUCCAACAGGAUGGGAACUUGCUCUUGUUACUACGAGCAGCAACAUGACUCCACUGUCUAUGGAGAGUAAUUUGAAUGAACAAAAUAUUUUUCUUGUAGUCUUAUUAGAGGGUGGAGGUUUCAGGGUCAACCGGGCAAGUGAUAUAUGGGCAGUGGCUCACUGGCAGUAG